AUGAUAGAAACCCUCAAAUGUGGUAAAUUUAGGCACAAAGGUUUCCUGAAGGACUGUCCAAAUGGACUCCUGACCGAACAGGGGUUCAUUAAGAUCUAUAAGCAGUUCUUCCCGCAAGGUGACCCCAGUAAGUUUGCAUCUCUCGUCUUUCGAGUGUUCGACGAAAACAACGAUGGGUCCAUCGAGUUCGAGGAGUUCAUUAGAGCAUUAUCGGUGACGUCACGGGGAAAUCUCGACGAAAAGCUGCACUGGGCCUUCCGACUCUACGAUGUUGAUAACGACGGCUACAUAACACGUGACGAAAUGUACAACAUAGUAGACGCGAUCUAUCAGAUGGUGGGCCAAACUCCACAACCAGAGGACGACAACACUCCUCAGAAGCGCGUCGACAAGAUCUUCGACCAGAUGGAUAAGAACCACGACGACCGUCUGACGUUGGAGGAGUUUCGUGAGGGCAGUAAGGCUGACCCUCGCAUUGUCCAGGCUCUCUCACUUGGAGGCGAUUAAUCGACGGUCAUCCUCUCGCCGGACUUCACAUUUACUUAAAGAGCUAAUAUCAUUCCGCCGCUUGUGUCUGUGUAAUAAUUUGUGUACUACAUGUUUCUAUGUAUGUAUAUAAUACCUAUGUGUAUCCUUAAAGGUUAUUUAAAUGUAUUAUGUAACCAAUUCUUUGUGUUAGGCGUUAAUGUCUAUGUAAUUUUAAUAGGUAUAUACUCAUUUACGGUGGUAUUUACGUACAAUUCCGUGUUAUUAUUUCGUUGAUUUUGAUCUAAUAAGAUCAAUUUUAUAUAUCAAAUUGUAUUUAUUUAUUAUUUGAACAAACGUAGAUAUAAUUAUGUGCAAGAAUUUUAAUGAAUGUAUGGUAACAUAUUAAUCUGUUGUAACAUAGGCGACGGAUGCAUAUUAAUUAAUUGUUGUUUUUUAGAAAUAUUUGCCAAUAUGAACACCAGGCCAGGAGCGAGGCUUUAUUUAUUAAUCAUUCGGUACCGCUACGUACCUAUUAUAAAUCAAAACCAAAUUAUUUAUUUCUGUGCGAUACAAAACUCAACGUUUUUAGAAUUAACGAAAUGUACCUCGUUGGUUUUACCCAAAGUUUGGCAUAAUUUAUCUACAAAGAAUAUCUCAAAAAUAUUUUUGUAUUUCUUAUAUUUGUAACAAAAAUUAUUUGAGAAUCCGCCUACUUCUGGAAUUUCUGCUUACUAACAAAGCAAUAGUGGUCUCGUCUUGAUUUGCGCGUGAAUUAAUGAUGCAAUGUAACUACAACGAUUCUUGAAGUGACAAAAUAUUGUUGUGGCCUUAAGAAAGGGCGUUAAUUCCUUAAAACGAUUUUCCAACGAAAUGCAGUCACAAACUAAGAACAAAUACAUUGCUUUCAAUAUCGGAAAGUUGACCAUCUUGAACACAAUCAGCGCUUAAGGGAAGGGAAACAAAGAAUUCGCCAGCAACUAAUAAUCGUUUCUGACUUAUCGCACAUACUUGGAUAUGGUUUUAAUUUAUUAAUUACAAUGUUAAAGAACAUUACGUGUGCACUGUAAAGUGCUUUCUAUUUCUAAAUAAUAGUAAUAAAUGUGGUAGUUGAUCCUCGCCAUCCGUUUCGUGUUGGCAAAUUUAGUAGAGCUCUAUCUGAAGUAAAUGAUGAAUAAUAAAUACGUUCUACCUUCCUGAAGUUGAAACCUACAAGACAUCUUAACCAGAUGCAAUUUUUAAAAUUAAAUCAUGUGAUAGGACUACAUUCAUCCCUUAAUCUGAGCUAUUGCUCCUCCAUCCGUGCGAGAGAAUGACCGGAGAUAACACAACCGGUUAUCGUAAAAAUCGUUGUUAGUGCACUAGGUAGACACACGAUAAUUUUUCGAGAAAACGAUUAUUCAUUGUCAAACAAUCGCCUAAUCUUAACGUCAUCAACAAAACUUACAGUAUGAAAUGGAAAUGGUGUCAAUACAGACACGCCACGGACUCCACCGGGCCGCAUUGUCGCCCGUGGCACAGCGCGCCCCGCGGGGCCCCGCUGGCAUGAUACUCAGCUGACUUUGGUCAUUUAUGGUUUCGUCUGAACCUAACGUUAACCCUUUACUGUUGUUGUUGAUAAAUUGUUAGUUUUUUAAGUGUUGCGCCCCAUUAACGUUAAAUUUGCAUUAUAAGACAAUAUAAAAUUUUUGGCGUGUUUUUACUGCCCCAUAUUUACUUAUUAAUAUAUAAAAUAUUCUCAUAAAAUUUGAACACAGAUAUGGCAAAGCCAUAAAACGAAUUGUAACAUUUUUUAUCAAAAAAUUUUGCUCGUCUAAAAAUUUUUGAAAACUACAUUGAGAACGAGAUUCAACAUUUUUAAACUUAUGAAAAUCGUAAAUUAAAUGAUAAAAAUUAAGAAUUAGGCGUUGAUUUAUUUUAAAUACGUAGUAAAUUGGAAAAGCAAUUCGUUAGGAGUAAAUGACAAUUUCGGUCAUGGAGAGGUGUGUGAAAUUGUAAUAAAAAGAUAAAAAUAGUGUAAGUUAAAAUAUGAUGUUAAAAUAUGAUGAUUGUUGAGACGAGCGCAGCGCGUUACUACAACGUAAAUGUUUCGGCGAGUUUUAUCAGGAGGACAUGUAAUCUAUUUACUUCACGUCUAUGUUUACGACAAGUUAUCCAUGUGUUAGAGCAGUAGUAGAUGAUGUAGUUUGUGUAAUACAUUUUAACUUUGAAAUUAUAGCACGAUUGUAACGUUUUCAGUCGCCCGGAGUCGCCUCGGCGGCGUGUAAUGCACUUUCCUUGGAGAGCACUUAUCUUUACGUAUUAAUCAUUGCCAAAUACUUAUAUUAUAGUUUCUACCUAUAUCUAUAACACUCUCCCUACGACAGGGAUACUUACAUGUCUCACACUAUCCAUCCUGUUUCUCAUAAUAUUAUGAGGUACAGUCACAUGCAUAAAUGUGGAUACACUCAGCAAAGCUCUAACGAAUAUUAUCUCUAAAUAUAGCUCUAGCUCUAAAUGUUAUCUCGAACACCUUCAUGAUGCUGUAAUGGUAUCUACCUACAUAUAUGGUAAAUAUUACGGAAAGCUAUUGGACAUACGACAUACGUUCAGAUAAUUAUUGUCUCACAAAUGUAUUGUACUGGCGUAAACAAGCUACUGAAAUCUUAGUAAGUGUAAACAUAUUUACACACGUGACUGGACCGACACAUAUUUUUUGGAGGACUUUUGGAUAUUUCCGUUUAGCGAUUCUCAACAUAACGUAGUUGUUAAGAGUCUAUUUAUCGUGUAAGUAACUUACCUACAGCUUUAUACGAAGUAAAUUGUUAUCUUUUGCUUAUAAAUAAACUAAACUUCUUAUGAUAUAUGUAAUGGAUUUCUAUAUUACGACUAAUAUGAAGGUUUGUACUUUCGCGUUUCGUAACCUUUCUGCUAUUUAAUGGAUGGCGUUGUCCGGUUGAAGUUUGAAACAUUAGGCGGUACGGUAAGGUUAAAUUGGUAGUUUUGGAUCACGUGUCAAUUUGUGUCUUUCAACAGUGUUUGUAGACGUUAAGAUGCGUUUUUCAAACGAACUAGUGUAGGG